AUGGCUGAAAAACUCACAUCGCGGGCCAAAGUUUCCGAACCUGUAAUGGUUCAGGGUGAUAUCGUCGAUGAUAAUUCAGAUGUGGGCGAUACGAAAGGAGGAACAAGUCAUGAUGGACAGGAUAUGUGGAGGAUUGGACAAGUUCAGGAGUUGAAUCGAAACUUCCGUUUCCUCUCUGUAUUAGGAUUCGCAGCAGUCCUUAUGUGUACAUGGGAGGCUGUCAUGUUUAACAAUGGUUUAACCAAUGGUGGUGUUGGUGGCAUGAUAUACUCCUAUAUCGCAGUGCUUGUUGGCUUUUGUUUUGUCAUUCCAACAAUGGCAGAGAUGGCUUCGAUGGCUCCAAGUGCAGGAGGCCAAUACCACUGGGUCUCAGAGUUCGCUCCGGCGGAAUACCAGCAGUUCCUCAGCUAUUUGACCGGCUGGAUAUGUGUUUUGGGCUGGCACACUGGUAUAGCUGGUGCUUCAUAUACUGUUGCCAACAUGAUAAUUGGACUCAUCCAUAUCAAUUAUCCAAAAACCUAUGACGCGCAGCAGUGGCAUGUUACGCUGCUCGUAAUCGCCAUAGCUCUCACAGCCAUGAUAUUUAACAGUUUCUUUGCUCAGAAACUGCCCUUGAUCGAGGGUAUAAUGUUACUAAUCCAUUGUUUUGGAUUUUUCGGGGUCCUUAUUACGCUCUGGGUUGUGGCUCCUACUAAGCCAGCGUCCCAUGUGUUUCGCACAGUCGAGGAUAAUGGCAACUGGGGAAAUACAGGCCUGGCAUGUCUGAUUGGCAUAGUUGGACCUAUAUAUGCGCUUAUUGCGGAGGAAAUCAAAGAUGCUUCUAUAGUUUUACCAAGAGCCAUGAUCUGGACAUUGGUAAUUAACGGAGGGGCAGGACUGGCAAUGUUAAUUACUUAUGCAUCCUGCGUUAAUGAUGCUCGUACUCUCCUGAAGACUUCCACUGGUCUACCCUUUGUCCAGGUGUUUCUAGACGCAACUGGUUCUGUACCCGCAGCCACCGGUAUGACUGUCCUAAUUAUCAUUCUCCAAGGAUGUUCUGCCAUCAGUAAUGUGGCCACGACCUCUCGGCAGAUGUAUGCUUUUGCCAGAGACGGAGGACUACCAUUCUCAAGUUUCAUCUCAAAGGUCGACUCGCGCUUUGUUGUUCCGCUGAAUGCUCUAAGUAUCAGCUUUGUCAUCGUCAUCCUCCUUGCCCUCAUCAACAUUGGCUCAUCGGUAGCCUUCAAUGCUAUCCUCUCACUUGGAGUUGGGUGUCUGCUCACCUCUUACAUCAUUUCUAUCGGCUGUGUGAGACUGAAAAGGUGGCGUGGCCAGCAGCUUCCACCUGCUCGAUGGAACAUGGGUAAAUGGAGCAGUACUAUGGAGACAGUGUCCCUUAUAUUCCUGGUCAUUGCUUGGGUAUUCUCAUUCUUCCCGCUUGAAAACCAUGUCAAUGCGCAGUCGAUGAACUGGAGCUGCGUUAUCCUCGGAGGAGUUGUCAUCAUAGCGUUGAUAUAUUAUGCAUCCUUUGCAAGGCAUACAUACAAAGGCCCAGUGACGAGGCUGAGGCCCUGGGCUGAGAUGAUGAGAGACCAGAAGUAG